AUGCUCGAUCUGCUAGGACAGUAUUCGAAUCCGAACGCCAGCGCGCCGACGCAACCUAGGCAGAUGCAACAAGGCCCCUCUGGUUCAACUUCCCAUUUGACUUCCCGGGCUCUGGAAGGGUCAGAAAACCGAGGCGGCGAGAGUCGCAGGGAGUCGUCUCUCCGAGUCAGUCAAGAUGAGGCUGACGACUGGGGGAGAGCCCUGAACAAUCGCGAACUUCUCGACUGCGUAGUCGAGGCCCUUAUUUCGCUCUAUCGCCUGGGCGUGCUUAGAGACGUCUUUGACAAGGAGGCGAUGGACAAGCAGUUUCUGCCUUUGUUCGCCGGUUCCUCAAGCUCAGACAGCACAAUUGUGUCUCUUCUGUCGCUGGCGAACUGUCUUUGCAUUGAGCCUGAGCUGCUCAACAGCUUCCUGGAAACCUCGAUUCUAGGCGACAUUGCGACAAGCAUCACCGAGCAGGGCGUUCAGAGCGAAGAUCUAUAUACUCAGACCGCUGAGCUACUUCGCGUCGCACUGCUCCACGAGGAUGCACAAGAGUAA